AUGCCCAUUGCAAUCUGCGGAAUGGGCAUGCGACUCCCCGGGGGCAUUCGAGACUCUGGAGCAUUAUAUGACUUUUUGUUGAGCAAGCGAGAUGCCCGAGGAAACGUUCCAUCAAAUCGAUUCAAUGUUGAUGGGUUCUACGAUGCCGAGGGCAAGCCAGGAACCCUCUCGUCUACACAGGGCUAUUGGUUAGACGAUGUCGACCUGUCCAACUUUGACUCUUCUUUAUUUUCCAUGGGUCGAAAAGAGAUUGAAAACCUAGACCCACAUCAAAGGUUGUUGCUGGAAGUUGUCCGUGAAGCUUUCGAGAGUGCUGCUGAGACCGGCUGGCGAGGCAAAAACAUCGGAUGCUACGCCGCCAGUUUUGGUGAGGAAUGGAGCAAUCUCCAUGCGAAGGAUUCACAGAAUAGAGGAUUUAACGUGAUUACGGGUUAUAUGGAUCUUAUGCAAGCGAACCGCAUCUCAUACGAGUUCGAUCUAAGAGGGCCGAGUAUGACACUUCGUGUUGGAUGUUCGGGAAGCGGGCUGGGUAUUCACCUUGCAUGUCAGUCGAUUCAGCUUGGCGAGUGCUCCUCGGCUAUUGUGGCUGGUGCCAACAUUAUUCUCUCACCCGAGACUACGAUGUUGAUGGCAGAUGGCGGGGCAAUCUCGCCCGACGCUUCAUCGAAAACCUUUGAUGCUAGUGCAAACGGUUAUGUUCGCGCUGAUGGCAUCAACUGUCUUUAUAUCAAGCGUCUGGAUGAGGCGAUUCGCGACGGUAACCCAAUCCGAGCUGUAAUUCGAGGAACUAGCACCAAUGCAGGUGGAAAGUCAACUGCUCUCACUGCGCCAAACAUCCAAGCUGAGGAAACACUUAUCAAGGCAGCUUAUCGCAAUGCAGGCGUCGAUCCCGCGCGAACAGCCAUGGUGGAGUGCCACGGAACAGGCACAGCGAUGGGCGACGCCAUUGAGGCAGAUGCAGUAGCACGCGUCUUUGGGGACAAAGGAAUAUAUAUUGGAGCUGUAAAACCAAAUCUAGGGCACUCAGAAGGCGCAUCGGCCAUCAGCAGCGUUAUGAAAGCAAUCGUGGAGCUGGAACAUCGCACUAUUCUGCCAAAUAUCAAAUUCAAUACCCCAAGCCCUAGGAUUCGCUGGGAUGAAGCCCGGCUAACAGUUCCAACCGAGCCGAUGCAGUGGCCAGAGGAUCGAGAGGAGCGCAUCAGCAUCAAUAGUUAUGGAAUCGGUGGAACCAAUGUCCAUAUUAUCCUGGAUUCCGCUACCUCAUUUGGUCUGUCCGAAUCCGAUACCAAAUUGGCCCCUGAACGGGAACCAGAUUUCAAGCUGUUGAUGCUAUCAGCGGGGCAUUCGGAUUCAUUGAAGGAAAUGCAAAAGAACUAUGAGGAAUACGCCACAAAGCAUCCGGACAGGCUGACUGAUCUGGCAUAUACACUAGCGGAGCGGCGGGAGCACCUUCCUGUCCGUGGCUUUUGCGUUAGCAAAGGGAAUCACGAUGAGGUUGUCAUCUCACCUUCCUUUACGAGUCAACCUCAGAAAAAUGUUGCAUUUGUGUUCACUGGCCAGGGUGCACAGUGGGCUGGAAUGGGCAAAGAACUGCUUGAAACAUGUCCUGAACUCCUUCAUGAUAUCAGGCAGAUGGACAAGCUGUUGCAAAAGCAGAAGAACCCUCCGGUAUGGAGCAUAGAGGAGCAACUAUCGAUGCCACCAGAAAGAAGCCUGCUUUCCAAGGCAGAGGUUGCGCAGCCCGUUUGUACUGCCCUUCAAAUUGCACUUUGCAACCAUCUCGCCCGGUGGGAAGUCUUUCCUUCUGCUGUGGUUGGUCAUUCUAGUGGAGAAAUUGCUGCCGCGUAUGCCGCAGGGUCUCUGAACAUGCAUGAUGCAGUACUUCUGGCAUAUUAUCGAGGUGUCGCAUCCAAGGAACAGACGCGUGAAGGAGCCAUGGCGGCUGUGGGACUUGGAUAUGAUGAAGUUGUUCAGUGGCUUCAUCCUGGUGUUGUCAUUGCGUGCGAAAAUAGUCCCUCAAGCGUUACCUUGUCAGGAGAUGCGGAUGCCAUUGAAUCAGUCCUUUCGGCAAUUCGAAGCGACCGUCCAGAUGCCUUCCAACGGCUCUUGAAAGUCAAUAAGGCCUAUCACUCACAUCAUAUGCAGGACGUGGGACACCUGUACGACAGCCUCAUCACCAAUCAACCAGUAAUCAAACGGCCAAAGGUUCCAUUUCACUCUACCGUCUUUUCCCGGCAAUUGUACGAAGCAGAGGAAUUUGGAUCCAGCUAUUGGCGUUUGAACAUGGAAAGCCCUGUUUGGUUUUACCAAGGGUUCAACUCUCUUCUUCAAUCAGAAAUCGGAAAGGACGCCCUAUAUUUAGAGAUUGGACCACAUUCGGCACUUGCAGGCCCAAUCAAACAGAUAUACCGGGCUCAUAAUGCGCCUAAUUCUUAUCUUUCCGUACUCUCCCGAGGUUCCAACGCAGUUGUCACGUUUUUGUCUUGCGUUGGAGAGCUCUGGUCUCGAGGGGUGAACAUAACAUAUCCCUUCACAGCAACCACGCCUAAAGCCCUACAUGACCUGCCGUUAUAUCCAUGGCACUACGCAGAGUCUUGGUGGUCAGAGUCGCGACUCAUGAAGUCCUCACGCUUCCAAAAGUUCCCACAUCAUGAGUUACUCGGUGUUCGGACAAUUGAAAGCAGCGAUCUCGAACCUGCUUGGCGAAACGUCCUCCGCCUUGGUGAUGUAUCUUGGCUACGUGAUCACUGUGUUGGGCCAGAUAUUGUUUUUCCAGCUGCGGCAUACGUUGCGAUGGUUGGCCAUGCCAUUUGGCAAAUAACGGAUCAAAAGGACUUUACAGUGCGAGAUGUUUCCUUGAAAACAGCGAUGGUGCUUGAUGAGAACGUACCGACCGAAAUCAUCACUAGGCUUCUGCCUCAUCGGCUUACCGAUUCUCUGAACUCGACAUUCUUUGAAUUUUCUGUUCAGUCAUAUACUGGCUCGGUGUGGGCACAACAUUGCGUGGGACUGGUCGCAGGGGGCCAGCACUCCCCAGGACAAACGCCCACAGUGACCUCGUUUUCGAGAAUAGUAGAGUCAAAGCGGUGGUAUCGAGCGAUGAGCAGGGCUGGCUUACGGUACGGCCCUCAUUUCACUGGUUUGGAGCAAAUCACUGCCAGCGUUACUGAAAGCACUGCAUCUGCCAUCAUCCCGGAUAGCAAACAUCCCGGAUCUCCAUAUACCUUGCACCCAACGACGAUAGACUUGAUUCUGCAGUCCGCUUUUGUAGCCAUGUAUCAAGGUCAGCCAAGCUUCUUUGAAAAGUUCCGCCUACCUACAUUCAUCGAGGAGAUGUAUAUAAGAGUGGGUAUGGGUGGUCAAGAUAUUCAUCUGAAUACCGCUGCUCAGGAGAAGGCAAUCCAAUCUCAUGGUGUCGUCACGGAUGAUCUUGUUUUUUUCAUGAAUGGCCUGGAGUUUUCGGCGCCAGAAAAGGAUGAAACCGAACAGGACCAGCAAUCCGAAACAGCCCAGCUGGUCUGGAAGCCGGAUAUCCACUUCGUGGAUCCUACAACUCUUGUCAAACCAGCCCAGCAGGCGGAGUUGCUUUCAGCAAAUCCUCUGAUUGAGCGAAUCUUUUUGCUUUGCAUCAUAGACCUGAUGGAAGACAUCAAGGCCAUUCCUACAACUCAACCGCACCUCGGAUUAUACCGGACUUGGAUGUCUGAACAGCUUGCACAGGCGCAAAAGGAAGGUUCUCCUCUGGUGCCCGAUGCAAAGGAACUAUUUAACCUUAGUGCUAGCGACAGAAAAGAACUGAUUCAGAGUCUAGUCGCCAGUCACACUGAAGGAACAAUGCUCGCAGGAUCUCGCAUCUUGUUCCUUUGCUACAGACAUAUGUUGGACAUUUUCAAGGGCAACACUAACCCGCUUGAGUUGAUGCGACGAGAUGGCCUUUUAGGGCGUUAUUAUGACUGUUUACAAGAUAAGCAUGACUACAAAGACUUCUUGCAACUCUUGAGUCAUCUACGGCCUCGAAUGAAUGUACUGGAAAUUGGCGCUGGUACUGGAGGACUGACUGCAAAGGUACUCGACUUCUUACGAUCUGAGUCUGGCGAGGAUAUUUAUCGGGAAUACAUGUAUACCGAUAUCUCGUCAGGGUUCUUCGUCAAUGCGCAAGAGAGGUUUCACGACCGACAUAGAAUUCGCUACGACGUGUUGGACAUUUCCAAAGAUCCCAUCGAGCAGGGCUUCCCUGAGGCGCAUUAUGAUUUGGUCAUUGCCUCUAAUAUUCUCCACGCAACUCCCAAGUUGACUGAAACUCUCAAGCAUACUAAGAGGUUGCUCAAGCCAGAUGGUCGUCUCUUGUUACAAGAAUUAUGCCCAGCUUCCAAAUGGACAAACUUCAUCUUCGGAUUGUUCCCUGGCUGGUGGCUUGGUAAAGAUGAUGGGCGUCCCAGCGAGCCCUACAUCAGCCCUACGGAAUGGAAUUGCAGACUACGUGCCGCCGGAUUCACUGGCGUCGAUGUCUCAGCUCUCGAUGCGGAAUAUCCAUACCAGCUUAACACUAUGCUAAUUGCAACACCCGCUCCGCUACCCUAUCUAAAAAAGGUCACCGUGCUUUACAUUGGCACUUCUGCUCAUCCGUUGAUCCAUGAUGUACACCAACAACUUAGCUCGGACGGAUACAAAGUUGACCUGGUGGGCUGGGGCGACAAUCUACCUGCAGAUCAGGACAUUGUCUUUUUGCUCGAUCUCGAGGCCCCAUUUUUCGACAAUAUCACAAAGGAAAAUCUCGAUGCUUUCCUGCAAGUCUUCAGGCAUCAUUCCUCAUCUAAAUUCUUGUGGAUAACUCAUGCAGCACAGAUUCUUCCACAGGAUCCACGGUUUUCUCAAGUGCUUGGUAUGGCGCGAACUCUGAGGUCCGAACUUGGGGUUUCCUUUUCUACUCUGGAAAUGGAAAGUUUCGGCCCAGGUUCCACGAAGGCAAUCUCCAUUCUUCUGCAACACAUACAGCAGAGGGCAGUCAAGAAUACCGGGGAGUCCGAAUUUGACCCAGACCAAGAAUAUGCUUGGGCCAAUGAUGAAAUCCAGGUUAGCCGCAUGCAUUGGAUCUCGAUUCCCAAGGCUUUAGCUCAGAGCAGCGAAGGAAGUCAGAAGGCUACCCUAGAGAUAGGCCGACCAGGCUUACUCAAUACGUUGCGUUGGGUAUCUCAGCCAAUGAACCUGCUAGGGGCCAAUGAGGUGAGAAUCAAGACUAUGUCACUCAGCAUGAACUUCAAAGAACUUCUUCUUGCCAUGGGAGUUGUUCCCAUCGAUGAGGGUCAGGUAUUGCUAGGCACGGACAGUGCAGGUAUAGUCACAGAGGUUGGACCCAAUGUCAAGAAUGUAUCUGCUGGGGAUCGAGUGAUGGCUCUCACUGUUGAGAGCACCAGCUAUACGACCGUACUGCAGAUAUCUAGUCAUCUCUGUAUUCGCAUCCCGGAUGACUGCAGCUUUGAGGAGGCAAGUACGCUGCCAACUGUGUACUUGACCGUGCUCAGAACCUUGAAAGAAAAAGCGAACCUUCGACGGGGCCAGAGCACCCUUAUACAUAGUGCUGCAGGAGGAGUUGGCAUCGCAGCCAUCCACUAUGCAAAGUCAGUUGGCGCAAAGAUCUAUGCGACAGUAAGCUCACCGAAAAAGACCGACUUCUUAGUAGACAAAAUGGGCGUGGCGAGACAAAACAUAUUUUACUCGCGUGAUAACAGCUUUCUUCAUGGGGUCAUGAAAGCAACCUGUGGUCGUGGAGUCGAUGUAGUGCUUAACUCACUGUCCGGUGAGCAAUUGCAUGCGUCCUGGCAAUGUGUUACGGAGGGAGGAACCAUGGUUGAAAUCGGUAAAAGGGAUCUUCUCGGUCGCGGAAAGUUAUCAAUGAGCCCGUUCUUGGCCAACCGAUCGUAUAUCGGAGUUGACAUUGCAACGCUUGCCGUGCAGGAUCCCGUGUGGGUUCAAGAACAAUUGGCCGCCAUUGUCAAUCUUUACAGGCAGGGGAUUAUACACCCCAUCCACCCAGUCAAGGCAUUUCCCAUCAAUAAGGUUGAAGACGCCUUCCGGUACCUGCAAACAGGACAACACAUCGGUAAACUUGUUUUGCAGUUUUCCGACUCUCCCAACCUUUCUAUGGCUCCUAGGGUUCCACUCUUAGACCUUCGAGGAGACAGGACCUACCUUUUGGUAGGUGGAAUGCGUGGCAUCGGUGCAUCCAUCGCAAGGUGGAUGGUCUACCACGGAGCCCGGAAUCUAGUUUUCCUCUCUCGCUCAGCGGGGGAAAGGCACGAGGACAAAGCACUCGUGCGCGAAUUGUCUGAUAUGGGAUGCCAGGUGCUGACAUUUGCGGGCGAUAUCGCUAACAUGGCAACUGUUCAACGUGUUGUUUCAAGCGUCAGAGCUCCGAUUGCUGGAGUCAUUCAGUUGGCCAUGGUACUUGCAGACACUGGAGUCAUGAAAAUGGAUUUAGAAACGUGGAAUGCGGCUAUAAAGCCCAAGGUUGACGGAACUUGGAAUCUGCACAAGGCUCUACCAAUGGAUAUGAAUUUCUUCGUCAUGGCUUCUUCUCUAUCCGGAACAUUUGGAAACUACGGUCAAUCUAACUACGCGGCUGCCAACACCUUCCUUGACGCCUUUGCCCAGUUCCGCCAGUCCCAAGGGCUUGCCGCAUCGGUACUAGACUUGGGUGUAGUGGAUGAGAUAGGCUUCGUCAGUCGAAAUGCAUCCAUUCACCGAGCGAUGGUGCAGCAGAUGAGUGCCCCCAUUUCAGAAAGCAGUCUAUUGAACAGUUUCCAUUUAGCCAUUAUCCGCUCUCAUCCACUGAAUGGUGAUGCUUCAAUAUUCAAUCCACUAGAGGGAUUUCGUUCCCCCCACCAAUUGCUCCACGGUCUACUAUCAAAAUCUGGCAUUGCAAAGAGUCAAUUCAUGUGGCAACGUGAUCCACGUACCGCUCUAAAUCGGAUUCAUACGCAGAAAGAUGCAUCCACCUCUGACGGUGAUGACCGCCACAAUAGUGGCCUUAAAUCGUUUCUAGCGGACAUCCAUGACAACCCGGGCAUUUUGCAAGACCAGUCCAGUGCUGAAAGAGCCGCGACAGAGAUUGCUCGCCAAGUUUCCAUAUAUACGACGCGGCGUGGCGAUGAGGCAACAAAUUUGAAGUUGUCGUUGCACGAUUUUGGUGUCGACUCUCUUGUGUCAAUCGAGCUUCGUAAUUGGUGGAAACAGUCAUUUGGCGUCGACGUGACGGUGUUACAGCUGAUGAAUGGUGGCAGCUUUAGAGAUCUUGGUAAGAAGGCAGUGGAUCAGCUCAAGAAACGGCACUUGAAAGCAUAA